ACCCGGGGUCAUGUUCUCAACUCCCUCUCCGUUCUCCAAAACUUCACAGCAUGAGGCGUGUCUAUUGACUCAUUCGCGAGUCCGCUUCGAUGAAGGCACACGAAUAUCACACGUGAACGAUCCCCCAAAGAUGGAGAAUUUCGGCGUCUCUCCGUAGGAAAUGUUUACCUCAAGAAGCAAUGAUACAUUACCCCUCUUUCUUCCUUUCUUCUCCUCUCUUCUUCUCCUCCAUCCCCUUUUCUCCUUUCAAAUCAAUUGAAGGCAGAACAAUCAAUCCAGCGUCGCAGAUGUCUAGCAUCUGCCCGAGCCCGCAUCAUCACUUUUUUGGCGGUAGUUUGGAACGGAGCGUUGGUAGAUCUCAACACAUUCACACAGGAAACUCUGUUUCCGCGCCCCUCCCUCUCGCUCUCUGUCUCUCCGUGUGUGUGUGUGUCUGUGUGGACACUGUGAGAGCGAGGGGAGCGGGGGGCUAGAUGGUCUUCUUCUUCUUCGUCUUCUUCUUCUUCUUCUUCUUCUUCUUCUUCAUGAGAUUGUUUCCCUU